AUGGUGCUACGAAUAGCGAGACUCACUGACGAUGCUGGCGAAACGUCUGGGAAUGUUAUUCGUUAUCUAGAGCGAGAGCAGACACUUGUAUCAAGUCGCCAAAUUGAAUCGAAUAGCAUUAGCAAUCAGAAGGAAGAAGAAUCUGAGCUCACGCGUCUUAGGAAUCUACUAGCCGAGAAGGAACGAAUCAUUGAGCAGCUUGAGGUCGGUCUUUUUAAAGAGAGAUUUUAUUAA